AUGCGCCUGCUUUUUGAGGCAGCGGUUCUGUGCCUGACCCUGGGCUUAGGGCAAUGCACCGAGGAAACAACACAGGAGAACACCGUCCACCAAGCUCCCCAAGCAGAGUUAUCCUAUUCAGACUGGGGCAUCGAGGCCAUCCGCAACAGCUUCGAAACAGUUAACAGCUACUUCGACUCUUUCUUGGAACUGCUUGGAGGAAAAAAUGGCGUUUGUCAGUACAGAUGUCGAUACGGGAAGGCUCCAAUGCCACGACCUCACUACAAACCCCAAGAACCCAACGGCUGUAGCUCCUAUUUUCUGGGGCUCAAGGUACCCGAAAGUCUAGAUUUGGGCAUCCCUGCCAUGACCAAGUGCUGUAACCAGCUGGACAUUUGUUACGACACCUGCGGGGCCAACAAAUACCGCUGCGAUGCCAAGUUCCGCUGGUGCCUCCACUCCAUCUGCUCCGACCUCAAGCGCAGCCUCGGGUUCGUCUCCAAGGUGGAAGCUUGUGAAUCCGUUGCAGACACAGUAUUCAAUGCCGUCUGGACCCUGGGCUGCCGGCCCUUCAUGAACAGCCAAAGGAGCGCCUGCAUUUGCAAUGAGGAAGAACGAGAUGAAUUGUGA